AGUGAAAGAAGAGAAGAGAGGAGAAGAGAUAGCUCGGGAAAGGGCGAGAGGGGAAUACGUUUAUCGCUAUCGCCGACACAAAGCCCUUGGAAAAAAAAAGGAGCAGCGUUCGCCACUUUCCCAAAAAACUAUUGGCUCUAACUUACCUUUAUCGACGCCUUUGGAAGUUAAGAAUACACUGAGCCAAUCAAGAACUGCUGGAGCAGCUGGUUGGACCUAGACUCUGCAGGAAGGUAGAUCUCCAGGACCAGGGUCGGUGACCACUGGCCUAGACAUUGUCCACGAUGUGUUCUCAGUCCAGACUAUAACCCGAGCUUUCUGAACUUCGACUUUCUCCGACUGCCACGUCGUAUCAGCAGCAAUGGCCCAGGAGACCAAUCAGAGUCCAGUACCCAUCCUGUGCACCACAGGCUGCGGUUUCUACGGCAACCCCAGGACGAACGGGAUGUGCUCCGUCUGCUAUAAGGAGCACCUGAGCAGACAGCAAAGCAGUGACCGCAGUCCUGUGAGCCCUCUGGCAGGCAGUCCCUCGUCGGAGGCCUCAGCGAUCCAGAGACUAGAAGCCAGCCUAAACAAAACAGAGCCCUCACCUGCAGCCAACACAGAGUCGAUGAGAGAAAACAUGCCUGCGACCUCCUUGCCCGUAACGCAACAGAUGACGGAGAUGAGCAUCUCCAGAGAGGAGAAGAACCCAUCUCCCAAACCGGACACUGUGGAACCAGUCGUGACCCAGCCCACUUCCUCCUACUCGCCAGUGGCCGUAGCUCAGGCCAGCGACGAGGGAAAGAGUCCAGACGCCUCCAAGCCCAAAAAGAACCGCUGCUUCACCUGCCGCAAGAGGGUGGGACUGACAGGUUUUGACUGCAGAUGCGGCAACCUCUUCUGCGGGAUCCACCGGUACUCGGACAAACACAACUGCACGUACGACUACAAAGCGGAGGCGGCCGCCAAGAUCCGCAAGGAAAACCCCGUGGUGGUGGCAGACAAAAUCCAGAGAAUAUAAGCACAGUCAUCUUCAUCGCAAGGAGGGAGGGAAAGAGGGAUGAAGAACGAGAGCUGCUUAGAAGAGGAAGCGAGCGGAGAAAAGAAUGCGGCUACGUGAUUAACGGACUUUUUCUAUCACAACCUUGAGAAAGAAUGGCGGGGGGCAACUGUCCUGUGUGAGGAUGAUGCAUGAAUGAACUUCUGUCUUAUUAAUGUUUCUUUCCUUUUGCGCUCUCUCAUCUGCUGCGGAGUGUGUGCUGGUUCUUCUCCAUGUUUUUCUUUUUCGUCUUUCCUAAAGCGUAGAUCAGGACACCUUUCAGGAAACCGUACCUUUUAUUUUUCCCCUCAUUGCCUCUGUGGCGGACGCUUUGUGCCAAAUUGUGGCCAUGUACUGUAGUGUUGCGUGGAUGUGAACAGGCGGUUGUUGUCAAAUGUAUACACGUUCGAAAGGGGGCAUGUCCCAGAAUUUUCGGAUCUACGUUUGGAUCUAUAGGCUAUUACAUAUAUAUAAAUAUGAUUUUUUUUUCUUGGUGUUCCACUCAAGUGUGCUAUCCACAAAAAAACAAAAAAAGCGUUAAAGUCACACAGAUCAAGUUCCAACGUCAAGGCUGCCUAUCAGUCAUCCAUUGUAGGGUUUUUUUUUUUUCGUAUUAUUCCGUAAUGUGAACAUGCUACUGUGACGUCUCACCUUUUUUCUUUUCACUGGAAGUUCCUCACAAAGCAUUAGCGGUUAGCGUUCUCUUGUUAGCUUCUGUCACGGCACGUGCAGCCUUUACUCUUUUCUCGUUUUCACCACAAACGUUCAACCUGAACUUCUGUUCGUGGCCAUGGCUGGCUGGCCUUGUUGUCGUUAUUACAAUGGAGAGAUACUACGGGGUUGUUUUUGUUAUUUUUUUUGUCAUUUGAGUGGAGUUAUCUAGGCAUUUAUUUGUUUUUUGUAUGUGUGAGAGACUGAGCGUGUCUACAUGUGAGUUUCGACCGAAAAAGAAAAGCUAACCUUCCUUAAGUACCAUUCAGAUGGGACGAGUUUUAAUGGGGAGGUGGGGUGAUGCAGUUUUACCACAGGACGUCUGCAAUGUGACCGAUGUUCUGAAUGUUAUGAAGAGUAGAAAACGUGUCAAAACAUUUAAUUUGAUCUACCGUAUUCUCUUAAUUGAAUGUCUUUAGCAUUGUCAUUAGCUUGAAAAUUUACAAGUAACGUCGCAAAAAUGGAAAAAUUCUGUAAUAUUACGUGUUAUAAUGUUCGGAAUCGUACACUUUGAGGUGGGACGGUAUAUAUUGGCUUGAUUUGUGCCACCGAGAAGUAAAUGCUUCUUACGAAAAGUAGCGCUCGAAAACUCACUUUUCCAAAAAGUAUUUAGCAUUUUUACUGACAUGGCAAUUCAUACUUUCAGCUUUUUGUAUCUUUUUAGUUGGUAAAAGGUGUCAGCAUGUUUCCUGAGAUAUAUCGGAUGCAGACUGGACUAAUUUGCUGAGAAACAGCGGUAAAAAUGAUGUUACCCCAACUAAUGUUUCCCCAUGUAACGCAGAUAGUAUUACAGCGAAGGUUUAACAUUUGAAACACAGCAGUAGUAUCAGCGUUUUGAGAAUGAGUGUGAAUGAUGACUUAGUUUUUGCAAGCGCCCAUAAACAAACCCGUGUGUGUGUGUGUGUGUGUGUGUGUGUGUGUGAGAGUGAGUCUUGUGUUGGCCUGGGAGUGAAAGUGUCUGUAUCCGUUUGAGUUUUAAUUUCAGCUAUUAGUUAUAUGCAAAUUUGUACAAAAAAUCCUUACCAUGUUCAUAUUUAUGUAUUGCAUUUAAUCCUUUUACCUGGCAUUAAAGCAAAAUAGUAUUGUAAAUA